AUGCAGUGGUUUAGGGCAAUUGCUGGCUUUUUAAGACCGUCAAGACGGCUCGUAGGGACAGAUUUAGACGGGAAUAAAUACUACGAAAUCGUUCGUUCAGGCAGCCAUGCCGGGGAUAUGUCACAGAGAACCAAACGCGAGGUCGUAACGAAACUAAAACAUGAUCAGUACACACCAGGGACUAACCCAAUAGAAUGGGAAUCAUGGAUUCGAGGCAAGAGAGAGGAGCCGCCAACACACGAAGAAAUAAUAGCGAGAAUCAACAAACAGAUUACACUGAAGGAUAGAAUUCAGCAAGUUGAAAAAAAAGAAGACGAGAGAAGAGCUAAAGAACAUGCCGAAGGCCUGGUCCAUGUAGGUAAUAAUGCAACAUCUGCCAAACCAGUUGGUCAUGCUUCAGCUCCAGUUUAUAAGGACCUUAAUAUGAAACCUCAGGCAAGCACCACAUCUAAAGGUUUCCAGCCUGGAGCUUGGACACCGGGUACAUCUGCUACCAUGGAAGGUGACCAGAAAGGCCAGGAAGCAGAGACAUAUGAACCAGAUGCUUGGGUACCUCCAGGCACCAAGAAAUAACCUACCAGCCAGGAGCUUGGACACCGGGUACAUCUGGUACCAUGACAGAUGACCAGGAAGGCCUGGAAGAAGAGACAUUAUGAGCCAAAUGCAUGGGCACCUCCAGGCACCAAGAAAAAACAGGCACCAAUAAAUAUAACUUAUAAUAAAUAGGUCACCGAGAUAUAAACCUAAAGCUAAAACACUUUUAACAUGUGCCAUCCAAAUACAUACAAAUAAACCGGGUAUCUUAAUUUGCAGGUGCAUAUCUAAGGGUAGGCAAUCUUUUCUUAUUAAAAAAAUGCCUUAUUGUAAUUUUUUUUUUACAAUAUCUUUACGCUACGCUUUGUUGAUAGGCAUAUCAUACUGGGACCUCAUGUUUCAGUUAAGCCCUAACAUUUGGUUAUUCUCACAAUAAAAAAAUACUGUUUUUUUGGCA